GCCCAUCCAGCCAUCCUCGCUUUCGUUUUAACGCUAUUAACUCACUCGCAAGCUCGCACAUACCAAGUACUCUCAAGAUUCACAAUUUCAUGGCUGACCCUGGCAUUUGCGUCGACUGCAUCACGGAGACACCGGAGGGCCCUCAGGCUGUCGCUGCCAGUCCAGAGCCACAUCUAGUGAAGCAGCAUGACCCCUUAGACCCGACAACCAUAAUCAUCGAAUUCUGCGACCGCAUCCUCCCACUGAACUCUGAGGAGACGGGAGGCCGCUUCCGCGUAUGGCUGUUCUUAGAGGGCCAGCCACCGAACCUCGUUUGGGACAGGAAGAUCGAGGGCGGGUUCCCAGAGCUCAAAGCUUUGAAGCAGCGCGUCCGCGAUCGCAUCCAGCCGGGAAAGUCGCUCGGACACUCUGACAAGCAUGCGGAACAGAAGUCAUGAGUGAGGACGCCAGGCAAACGCCAGCCGCAAUCUUGUGCAUUGGGAUGGGCCACUCACCAUGACCGCACCUGCAACGGAAACCCACAUGCUUUGAAGGUCGACAACAUGAUUGAAUCCAUUGUCAGCUGGUCAAUGCUUGCAAACCUCUUAACCUUCACCGAGUCUGUACUUCGCGAGCUUCUGUGAGCACACACAACU